GACGGAGGGGAGCAAUGACGGAGGAACAAGAGGGAGGAUGCAAGAAAAUUCAGCACGUCACACGGUCACCCGUGACAGCAUUAUGCCAUGUUGAUAAGGUAAAUGUGACAGCAUUAUGCCAUGUUGAUACGGUGAAUGUGACACGAGCUACUACUGGUCGAUAUCCGAGUAUGGAUGCCGCGGCGGAAUCCGCCGAGUCAGAAAUUCGUGACAUUGCACCGGGAAUUUCGCGGAAUGAUACCGUACCGCGACACAACGGCUGGUUGAGCAUGGAAGGAGCAGAAAUAGUCUCAGCAAAGAAUGGGUCCGAAGAUGCGUGUCUGCAAAGAGCCGGCGUAAAUCCGAAUGGCGGAGACAACGAUCAUGAUGCACGGAGUGAGGCCGCAGCACCCGCGCCUAGCAUUCCCAUGAAUACCACUGCUUCUCUUUUCCGGCCUGAGCACCUAGGGAACUCCCAAUCCGACGUGGCACUUUGGGAGUCGUCGGCCAACCCCUCCGCGGGCCGCCAGUCGCAGCGGUUGCGGGAGUGAGGAGUGAUGGAGGAAAUGUGCGUGGUGCGGCAGUAGUGACGGAGUGCCAAUCAGUCGGUGAUUGGUUGCUGAGAUGGGGAGGGACCAGGAUGCGGAAGAAGAGGAGGACGGCAUGUCAGGAUGCAGUAAUGGCUCCUGCUGCUGCUGCUGCUGCUGCUGCUGCUGCUGCUGCUGCUGCUGCUGCUGCUGCUGCUGCUGCUGCUGCUGCUGUGGGUGCUGCGGGUGCUGCUGCUGGUGAUGACUCAACGCCAAUGAUGGCGCAUAGCGUGACUCCCACUCUUGCAUGCGCUUUCGACGGUAUGGGCCGUGAUCCUGCCCCUGCUGCUGCUACUGCUGCUGGUGCUGCUGCUGCUGCUGGUGCUGCUGCUGCUGCUGCUGCUAACACUGAUACCGCUGCAGCAGCCAAGGUUGCAGCUUCUCCUGCUGCCAUGGGUUCUGCAUCAGCUGCUUCCAACCCCCUCUCAUCUUGUGAUCCUGCACAUCAUGGCGCUGCUGGCACCUCCACUGCUGGCGCUAACAUUUCCAAUACAGCGGCUGCUUCUACUUCUACUAGGCCCGCUUUUCUCCUUACUCCUGUCCCGCUUGCUGCCUCCAUUCCUCCUAUUCCGCCUGUGCCUCCUGAUGUUCUGGCUCCAUCCCUUCUCCCCGAUCCACCACCUUCUGCUCCCCUCCCGCAACCAUCAGCACCGCACAAAAACCCAGCUGCACCACUCCCGCACCCAGCUACACCGCACUCCAUCUUACCUAACAGCAGCAGCGGCAGAGGCUCGUUGGACCUGAACCUGCCAGCAUGUGCUGGCGCCAGCGUUGAGGAGUGUCACCGCACUCUGGAGGGCGGCCUCCGUGACUGCAGCAAGGGGCUGGAGGGCCGAGUGGGCGUGUUUUCUUCCCCUUCAGCCAUGCAUCCUCCCGCUCAUCCUCCUUCUCCUGCUCGUCAUGCUCCUGCUCCUGCUGCUGCUCCUGCUCCUGCUCCUGCUCCUGCUCCUGCUCCUGCUCCUGCUCCUCUUACACCAACUUUUGCCCUGCAUCCUACUCCUGCUGCUGUGCUGUCCCCUCCUGCCCCUCCCCCCCGCUGCACCGCCGAGCUUGAUACCAAUUCUCCUCUUCUUAGAAACACUCUCACCACUACCCUUCAGUCCCCUCCCACCCAGCAGAGCUCGCCUUUCUCCCCACCCAGUAUCCCUGCUACUCCCCCAUCACUCCUUCGUCGUCCCUCUGCCCUUUCCUCCUCCCCCACCACCCGUGCACAUCACUUCUCUCUCCCACCCCCAAUCAUCACCACCCCUCUGCGUCCUGUAAGGCUGGGUCGUCUUCUCUCCUUCUUCCCCUGCACCGCCACCACCACCACUAACCCGUGGGCCUCAGCUGCUGCUCACGCCACCAAAACAACUCUUAAAACGUGGAAUACAAAUGAUGUGCAUCGAGAGAGAUGUUCUGUAUAUACCACUCCUGCUGCUGGUGCUCAUGCUGCCGGUGCUGUCAGUGCUGCCCGUGCCGCUGCUGCUGCUGUUGCUCAUGCUGCAAAUGCUGCUGGUGAUGGUGCUGUUGCUGUGGAAGUGAGUGUAAAUAUGGGGCUAUGUGACAUGGACGAUGAGGAUGGGCUAGAGGAUGUGCCUAUAGCGAUACGGUGGCUGUCACAGCGGGGGAGAAAAGGUGGGGGAGAUGAUGAGGAGGAGGAGGACGAGGGGGAGGAGGAGAAGGAGGUCGAUGAGGGGAGGAGGGUGAGUGAAGAGGAAGAGGGGAGCAGUACAGAAGGAGAGGGUUUAAGAUCUGAUGCUGGCAAGGGGGGAGAUGUCGGGCGGGGAUCUGGAGGGCGGGGAUCUGGAGGGCGUGGAUCAGCAGGGCGUGGAUCAGCAGGAGCCGGAUUUACUGGCGGUCAGGCUGCUGGUGUUGGUGGUAGUGGAAUCAGGCAGGAGGGCAUUGGCGCGGAGGCAUGUCAGAACGACGACCCAAGGGGGCGAGGGAGGGCGGGAGAAGGAAAGGGGAAAGGAGUGGGCAUGGAAGGAGUGAUGGGACAGGGGGGAAGAGCAGCGACGCAAGGGAGUGGGGGUGGGGGAGAAGUGGGUGGAGAUGGGAUGGGGGGAAAAGGGAAGCUGCUGAAGAGGAAGCGGCACCCGCGGCCCAAGGUUGUGAAGGAUGGUGGAAGGGGAGGAGGGAGUGCAGGGAAGAGGAAGAGUGACGCUGUGAAGAGUGACGCUGGGAAGAGUGACGCUGUGAAGAGUGACGCUGGGAAGAGUAACGCUGGGAAGAUGCGAGGUGGGGGGGGAAAGAGGGGGCAGCCAGGUGGAAGGAAAAGAGUGGGUGGAGGGAGGGGGGUCGGAGGAGGGAAUGGAGAGACAGCCAGUGGUGUGGGCGGGAAGGGGGAUGGUGCGUGUGGUGGCGGAGGAGAGGGAGAUGCAGGUGCGGCAGGGCGAGGAGCAGGAGCGGGUUGUGGGGCUGCUGCUGCUGCUGCUGCUGCUGCUUCUGCUUCUGCUUCUGCUUCUGCUUCUGCUGCUGCUGCUGCUGCUUGUGGUGCUUGUGGUGCUGCUGGUGCUGCUGGUACUGCUGCUGGCGGGGAGGCUGCAUUGGACGGCCGUGCGGCACAUCCUCUGACCCAGCAGUCCACGCCACUCCCCACCCUACUACUUACCUCCACGCAGAAGCAGCAGGAGAUUCAAAUGCUGCAGCAGCAGGGGUGCAGCGGGGAGGCGCAGCAGCAGGAGCAGCAGCAGUGGCAGCAGGUCACAAUGGUAGCAGAGCAGCUGGCUCCUCACGGCAUGGAGGUGUGGAAGCAGCUCAUGGUAAACGCAACCACCCUGCAUGGUCCAGCUGUUCCUGCACCACGCGGCGGUGGCCCAAUCCGCGUACCCGCAAGCUCGCUGCUGAGCCCGUCCCACAUGCCCUCCACCCCUCCCUGUGCCAGGGCCAGGCAAACCACAGCUCGCACAACUCACACAUUUUCUACAACAGCCCAUGCUUCCCCUCUCUCACCCACUGCCGCACCUACUCUUGCCAACCGUCCUCCCCUUCCACCUCCCAUGCUGUGUCCCUUGUCUCCCGUCUCCCCCCAUACUUCGGUCCCCCCAACUCAGCAUUCUGUGACUGCCUCUCAUGCCUCGCACCCCCUCCUCUCUCCCCGCCGCCCCACUCUUCCUCUCUCUGCUGGCCCUCGUCCAUCUGCCACCGCACCUCCUACCACACCUAGUAGCAUUUUAAGGACAGCACCAUUGUGCGCUAAUCCCUGUGGCACGCCCACACAAGUAAUUCCCACCAGACCGCUCCAGCUCCCUGUGCAUUGCCUGCCAUCCGCCCCCCCUCCAGCCUCACCGCUGCAGCAAGGACGGUCUUGCUCCUCCUCCGCUGUUCCUCUUGCUCCUCUGCAUGCCCAUGCUGCUGGUGCUGGGAAGCCAUGUUGCACACUUGGCGAGUCGCCACAUCAGCACCCCCUCACCCAACUCCCAUCGCCCCAGCUUUCUUCUCCCCAAUUCAAGUCCGCACAGGGCGUGUCGGGACAUGCAGGAUUGCUGGCAGCCCCUCGCUCCUCCCCGCCUUCCCCCAUUCCCUUCUGGUUCCGAUGCCUUGGAGUAUCCGACAUUCCCUUCCGCAGCCCCCUCAGCCCCCUCAGCCCCCUCAGCCCCCUCUCUACACCCGCCACCAAGGCGAGAGCUCUUCUCCUCCUCCCAACCAGCCCCCCGCUUCCAUCAUCUUUCAUACGAGCCCCUUUUAUUACUGCCUCUCCAACACCCCCUGUCAUUCUCACAUACCCCUCCCACUGCCCACACCCCUCACACUGCCCACACCCCUCCCACUGCCCACACCCCUCCCACUGCCCACACCCCUCCGUUCAGCCAAGCCCUGCAUGCUACCUCGACCAGCAACCUCGCUCCUGCCAGCACCAUGACUGCCAGCCGCAACAGGACUGCCUGCCACACCAACCCAUCCCUUGAAGUCCCCUCCACCCCUCUACCCUUGCGCUCACGCCGUGACCCUCCUGCGCUCUCUACCACCCCCAACUCUCCUCACUUCGCAGCCCUUCACUCUACCCUGGAAUCAUCUCGUCUUCGCCCCACACAACCUUUCUUGACACCCCCUCACCCUGCACCAGCUUAUCCCACACUGCCUCACCGCACACCACCCCACCCCA